AAGGAGGGGAUGAAUUGUGAAAAUCUUCGCUCUCUGCCUCACCGACCGGGAGAAGGCGAACACUUGGGAAAGGGGAUAGUUACGUUCUGUGUGAAUCACUGGCGGUGAAAAAUUGGACGUUGCAUUGUGCUGGAGGAAUCACAUGAAACCCACGCUGAUCCAUGACAAGUAGGUGAACAGAUCACCUUCGAUUGUGGUUGCUGCCCUUCUUCCCACCAGCAACAUUUUGCUCUGGUUACUCGGAUGAAUCUGAAACCGUUUAAAAAAGAGAUAUUCCGAGGGACCCCUCGCUCUGUUGAAUAAGAGCAUUCUCGUGAAUGAGCAAGCCAUGAACUCCGCUGAUAGAUUAAAGGCACCUCUAUCCUUUACACUCAGUGUCCUAUAAAGGCAGCAAAGGAACUGUGCAAGAAAGGCCGAUUUAUCACAUGACAAACUUAGUGACUUUCAACCGCAGAGGACCACAGUAAUAAGGAAAUUUUCUGAGGAGUGCUUCGGUUUCUUUCGUUACUCGCCACUCCGCCAACCCUCCUGUCCCCAACCCCUCAAAAAUCUGCUUGAAGAGUGACGGGAUAAUGCCCGAGAGGCUGGGAACAAUGUUGAUGGAUAUCCGCACUCGGUUGAUACUGGCAUGGUUUAGCGUGCUUCCCUUCGUGCAGCCGAUCACAUUGGACCCACCACAGAAUUUACAGGAUGGAGCAGCCUUAGCACUCGAUGGGCUAAAUGGUGAUCCUGGGGCUCUCAACCGUGCUAAGAGAGGCUGGGUCUGGAACCAAAUGUUUGUGCUGGAAGAAUUUUCGGGUCCCGAACCUAUACUCGUUGGCCGGCUGCAUACAGAUCUUGACCUAGCAAAUAGAAACGUCAAGUACAUCCUGUCGGGAGAGGGGGCUGGUACAAUCUUCAUGAUCAACGACAAGACAGGGGACAUCCAUGCUAUGAAGAGACUUGACCGUGAGGAGAAGGCUGAGUAUACGCUGACUGCACAGGCUAUUGACCGGGAGACUGAUAAGCCUCUGGAGCCCCCGUCAGAGUUCAUCAUCAAGGUUCAGGACAUCAAUGACAAUGCACCUGAAUUUCCAGAUGAACCUUAUCACGCAACAGUGCCAGAGAUGUCCUCUGUGGGCACUUCAGUCAUGGGAGUAACAGCGACUGAUGCGGAUGAUCCAGUUUAUGGGAACAGUGCAAAAUUAGUGUACAGCAUCCUAGAGGGACAACCAUAUUUUUCCAUCGAACCACACACUGGGAUUAUAAGGACGGCCCUUCCGAACAUGGAUCGGGAAGCAAGGGAGGAAUAUCUUGUGGUGAUACAAGCAAAGGAUAUGGGCGGCCACAUGGGAGGUCUCUCCGGGACAACAACUGUUACAGUCACAUUGACUGAUGUUAAUGACAACCCACCCAAGUUUACACAGAGUCUCUACCACCUGUCUGUGCUCGAGGACAUGGCAGUUGGUGAUGUUGCAGGAAGAGUCAAGGCCAAUGACCGGGAUGUGGGACAGAAUGCAAGGUCACUGUAUCAAAUUAUCGACGGAGAUGGGAUGGGCAUGUUUGAGAUCACAACAGACUCCCAAACCCAGGAGGGGGUUGUCACUCUUAAAAAACCCCUGGACUUUGAAACCAAGAGAUCCUAUACCCUGAAAGUGGAAGCAGGUAAUGCACAUAUUGAUCCUCGCUUCAUCAGCAAGGGACCCUUCAAAGACACUGCAGCUGUGAAGAUCACAGUGGAGGAUGCUGAUGAGCCGCCGGUGUUCUCAUCACCUGCCUACUUCCUGGAAGUGAGGGAGAGUGUAGUCGUUGGCUCUGUCAUUGGACAAAUAAUGGCUCGUGACCCUGAUAUUGUUGUUAGCCCUGUUAGGUAUUCAAUUGAUCGGCACACUGACCUUGAAAGAUUAUUCAACGUUAAUGCUGAUGAUGGAAAAAUAACCCUGGCUAAACCUCUGGACAGAGAGACCGAUAUUUGGCAUAACAUCACUAUUAUAGCCACAGAAACCAGGAAUCAUAGCCAAGUAUCCCGUGUGCUUGUGGCCAUUAAGGUGCUUGAUGUUAAUGACAAUGCCCCAGAACUUGCCUCACAACCUGAAGCAUACCUGUGUGAAAAUGGAAAAUCUGGGCAGGUCAUUCAGACGGUCAGUGCCACAGACAAAGAUGACCCAAAGGCUGGACAGUAUUUCUUCUAUAGUUUGACACCAGAGGUUUCCAGGAACCCUAACUUUACAAUCAAGAACAAUGCAGAUAACUCGGUCAGCAUCUUGGCAAGACACAGUGGAUUCAGCAGGCAGAAACAGGAUGUCUACUUCCUGCCCAUCAUAAUCUCAGACAGUGGGAGCCCGCCAAUGAGCAGCACCAACACACUCACUAUCCGGGUCUGUGGCUGCAGCACCGAUGGGACCGUCCAGUCCUGCAAUGUGGAAGCUUUCGUCCUGCCCAUUGGGUUAAGCAUGGGGGCUUUAAUAGCAAUAUUAGCUUGCAUUAUCCUCCUCCUGGUUAUUGUGGUACUCUUUGUAACUUUAAGAAGACACAAGAAUGAGCCUCUUAUUAUCAAGGAUGAUGAAGAUGUGAGGGAAAACAUCAUUCGCUAUGAUGAUGAAGGGGGUGGAGAAGAGGACACUGAAGCAUUUGAUAUUGCCACUUUACAAAAUCCAGAUGGAUUCAAUGGAUUCCUGCCUCGGAAGGACAUCAAACCUGAUCUGCAGUACGUACCCAGGCAAGGCCUCCCUCCUGUCCCUAACGGAGUUGAUGUGGAUGAAUUUAUUAACGUAAGGCUUCAUGAUGCCGACAUCGAUCCAACUGCCCCUCCCUACGAUUCCAUCCAGAUCUAUGGCUAUGAAGGAAGAGGAUCAAUAGCUGGCUCACUGAGCUCACUAGAAACAACAUCAACAGAUUCGGAGCAGAACUUUGACUACCUCAAGGAGUGGGGCCCGCGGUUUAAAAAACUCGGGGAUAUGUACGCAGUUGGAGAGAGUGACAGAGAAACUUGACUCCCAUUUGGAAUUAACAAUUGUCCAACAUUUUAAAGAACAGUGGUGUAUAAUUAUAGGGUUGCCAAUUAUUAACAAUGGAUAAGCUGGCCAGUCUUUUAGAUGCAGUCAACAUUAGCUCCUUUCAUCCUUGAAGUCCAGCUUAUUGUAAUAUUGACUAAAAAAAAAUGCAGAUUGUAUGAGUGUUUUACUCUUGUGGAGUGUGGAUUAUGUGGAUUGUUUAGGCAGGUUUUGGUUUCCUGGUUCUUGUAUAGACUAUCAUUCAAGCGGAGGACACGCUGGGAUCUUACAGUGCUUCCUACAUGGUUCCGUACUGUGGUUUUUCUCUGAUUGCAGACCAAGAUCUUGCCGAGCCAACGUGAAGCAAUAUCAAUGUCUUUUUCACGGAACUGAUGAAAGUAACCAAAGGAAAUGAAGGGGAUAGCUGUGACAGGACAUCAUAAAGCUUUGAAACCAAUACCAGCUCCUUCCCCCUGCAGUAAUAUUAGCUGAGGUGUAAUCGAGUGUUUCUUUGUGAUUGGUGGUCACACAAGUAGACACAGUGUACUCUAACAGAGUGCCCUUAGGCUUCAUAAUAUAACCAUGGUCCAUAUCCAUUCCAGUCAAAAGUGUGCAUCUAAAAGUAGGCGGCAAGUAACAACAGCAGAAGCAAAACGUCAACUCAGGUAGGGGAUUCGAGGAUUUUUACACACACACAUACACACACAUACAGAGAUAUACAUACACACACACACACACACGUACACACAAACACACACACACACAACAAUCAAAUCUUUCUUGGGACUUUAAAAACAAUCUUUCAUGUUAUGUACAAAUAUUAAUAAAAUACCUGAGACACUCUUGAUGAGAACUUGCUAGAAGAGCAGAUGAUUUGAAACAUAUGGCAAUGCUCAUUUUAGGUUGUGUACAGUACUUGCAUGCACAGGUCUACUGGCCCAUUGUCAGUGAGCCAAGUACAAGAGCUGGAAUGGAACUGAAAUCAUGUGAAUAUUUGAAUUCCAAAUCUUUAGAUACACGCUCAUUACACAGUACAGUAGCGGUGUCAAACAUGUGCUUAUUGUGCUUCACUGUGUAAUUUGAACAAAAAAAAAGAAAAUGAUUUAAAAAAUGUUUUUUGUUAUGUAUAUAUAAAUUUACUGUUUACUUUUGUGGCUUUUUCUUUUUGAAAAUUGUACUUUGGCUAUACACGAUAGCUCUUGCACACAAAUUUGAUGAUAACAGCACUGAAAGCUACGUGCAUUGCCAAUUUUUAAUGGGAAAUAUUACAUUUCAGAGUAGAUAUUGUAUAUUACAAUAGUCUUAC